AUGACUGGGCCAGAGUCCGCCAAGUCCUCACUCGAAUCAAUACCUGGUCCUCCGAUAACCACAGACCUGGACCUCGAAAAGGUCAGCACCAAGCAUUCACAUAGAACGACCAAAAGUGCGAGAUCCGGCCAUGUGCCUCAAACGGCGCAGGACUGGGAUGGUGAAGACGAUCCAGAUGAUCCGAGGAAUUGGUCCUUGGCUUCGAAGAUAUACCACGUUCUAGUUCCAGCAUUGCAAUGUUUCACCAUCACUUUUGGUUCCUCUGUAUACACGCCCAGUGUGCGUGAAGUCUCUCGGCAUUUUGGCGUCAGUCAAACGGCUGCGCUUGCCCCACUCACAGUCUAUGUCCUGGGACUGGGUCUGGGCCCUGUCGUGAGCGCUCCGCUCUCGGAGAGUUAUGGACGGCGUGCUGUAUACCUUAUAUUUUUUCCGCCCUCACUUUUGAUGACCUUGGGCGCGGGCCUGUCGAAGUCGUAUACCUCCCUUGUCAUCUGCCGUCUCUUCGCCGGUGUUCUCGGCUCUGGAUGUCUCGCGGUCGGAGCCGGAACCAAUGGAGAUCUGUUCGUGCCAUUGCAUAGGGCGAUUGCAAGUGCGCUGUUCCUGGCGGCACCAUUCUUGGGGCCUGCCUUGGGACCAGCCAUAGGCGGCUACGUCGCCAUGAAGAAGGGAUGGCGAUGGACACAAUGGCUGAUCCUCUUCUGGGGCGUCCUUGCCUAUGCCGUCUCGCUGCCCCAGAAAGAGACGUACAAGAAGAUCAUCCUGAAGAACCGGGCGAAGAAACUUGGCCUUCCACCUGCCCCCGAUCCGCUGCCGUCGGGGAUGUCCAAGUUCCGAUUCAUCCUGAUCGUGACACUGAUGAGACCGAUGAGGAUGUUGUUCACGGAAUCCAUCGUCGCCUUCUUCAGCAUCUACACGGCCUUCAACUUCAGCAUCUUGUUCGGCUUCUUCGCGGCGUUUCCCAUCGUCUUCGAGUCGCCCUUCCCGGAGAUUCAAAUCUACUACUUCAAUACCGGCGAAGAGGGCCUCGUCUUCCUGGCCCUUGGCCUCGGCGUGGCAGUCGCGACGAUGCUGUUCAUCCUGGUCAACAACUUGAUCUACAAGAAGAAGACCAUGCAGAGGCAAAUGCGGGGCGACUUGUCGCCCUUGCCGCCAGAAGAACGACUCCACUGUGCGAUGAUCGGAUCCUUUCUUCUGCCCCUGGGACUCUUCUGGUUCGCGUGGAGCGCCAGAAGCGAGAUCCAUUGGAUAUCGCCGGUAUUGGCUACAAUCCCGUUCGCGAUCGGGAAUAUGCUCGUCUUUGGGUCGUGCGUGCUGUACCUGAUUGACACGUACGGGCCCUUGGCGGGCGCGAGCGCUGCGGCGGCCAACGGGUUCUUGAGGUAUUGUGUAGGGGCCGUCUUUCCGCUUUUUACGGUGCAGAUGUACCGUGGCUUGGGUGUAGCCUGGGCUACGAGUCUACUCGGCUUUGUCACCCUCGCGCUGCUACCGAUACCCUGGGUGCUAUACCGGUACGGGCCGAAAAUCAGACGGCGCAGCGCCUACACAUGA